CACCCCCCCUCCCUCCGGCACGCAGGCUCCUCCCCCUCCCAAUUUUGAGGCUGCGGCGCUCGGCGUCCUCUUCAAAGGAACCGCGGGCAGGAUGGAGGCUCUGCUGAACGAGUGGUUGUGGCAGGAAAGGUACUGGCUCCCUCCUGGCAUGCACUGGGAGGACAUGGAGGCCAAGGAGGGCCCCGGCGAGGGCCGCUACCCUUUACCCAGGGACCUCUUCUACUCCUUACCUGUGGCCUUUGCCUUCAUCACCUUCAGACAUGUUUUUGAGAGGGCCAUCGCCGUCCCCUUAGGGAAACGUUUAGGCGUGAAGGACCGGAUUCGGAUCCGAGCCGCACCCGUUCCCAAGCUGGAGACCUUCUAUGAACAGAACUCUCGCCAGCCGUCACAAAGUGAAGUGGCCUUCCUCGGGAAGCAGUGUGGACUCUCCCAGACACAGGUCCUCACCUGGUUCAGGCACAGGCGAAACCAGGACCGACCCACCAACACCAAAAAGUUCUGCGAGGCCUCCUGGCGGUUUUUCUUCUACCUGGUGGCCUUCACAGCCGGGCUCGGAUCUUUGCUGGACACUCCCUGGCUGUGGGACUGCACAGCGUGCUGGCACGGCUUUCCCAGGCAGCAUGUCAGCGACGUCCACUCCUGGUAUUACAUCCUGGAACUGGGCUUCUACCUCUCCCUGCUCCUCUGCGUCUCUGUGGACGUGAAGAGAAAAGAUUUUAAGGAGCAGGUCAUCCAUCACAUCGCCACCAUCUUUCUCAUCGGCUUCUCCUACUGCGGCAACUACGUGAGGGUCGGCACGCUGGUGAUGCUGGUGCACGACUCCUCGGACUUCCUGCUGGAGUCGGCCAAGAUGUUUCACUACGCCGACUGGACGCGGACGUGUGACUCGCUGUUUGUCGUCUUCGCUCUGGUUUUCCUGGUCACACGGCUGGUGGUGUUUCCUUUCAGACUCAUCCACACAACAAUGAUCACCUUUGUGGAUUUCUUCCACCCCUUCUUGGGUUAUUACAUCUUCAACAUCCUGCUGUUAGUGCUGCAAGCGCUGCACAUCUUCUGGGCCUACCUCAUCCUGCGCAUGGUCUACAAGUUCGCCUUCAAGGGAAAGGUGGAGCGCGACGAGCGCAGCGACGAGGAGAGCGAGGCUGACGAGGACGAGCAGCCCGAGGACGACGGGGGCGGCGGGGAGCGGAGGAAAGGCGCCAUCAAGCCCGGGCCGGCGUCGCUGGCCAACAACUGUGUGCUCAACAAUCUGACCAACCAGAGGAGUCUGAACAGCAGGCUCCCUAAAGCCAGAUAGAGCCAACCCCUGGCACACUUGUCCAAGGUCAACCCGGUCCAUCGAUGAUUUCAGACCACCAUCCUGCUCUUCUUUGGUAGACAAGCACAAACGAUUGUAGAUCCGCACGUGCGAUACAUCGCCCCCAAUUUUAUAUUUAUGUUGUUUAUUGUCAGUGUUUUAUACCUUUUUUUUUUAACUGGGCUUUUAAGUUUAGUGGCCACAUGCGUGGACAGCACCUUUUAGCUCUUAUUUUCCAAAAUGGUGUACACUACUGAAUUGGGGUCUUAUGGCCACUUAUGUGGACACUUAUACUGCCAUCUGGUGGUGUCAGAAGAGUAUAACAUACAAUGGAAUUUGGAGGGGGUAAAAAGCGUAAAGAUAAUAAUUAGCAUGUCACUUAAACAUGAAGUACACGUUUGUGUACUUAUGGACUAAGUACAUCAUAUCAAAAGAUGAUUAUUAGUUUUUAUGCUAAUUAGGGUCAAAGAAGCCCAAAUAGCCAAGAGAAAUAAAAAAAAACAUGUAAACAAACAGCGUGGGCCUUAAGAGCAUACUUGCCAACCCUCCCGAUUUUUCCGGGAGACUUCUGAAUAUUAGUGGCCCUCCCGAAAAUCUCCCGGGGCAACCUUUCUCCCAAAUUUCUCCCGGUUUUCACCCGAACAACAAUAUUAAGGGCGUCAUGGCACUGCCUUUAGCGUCCUCUACAACCUGUCGUCGCGCCCGCUAUUUCACCAUACAAACAGUGUGCCGGCCUAGUCACGUUAUAUGCGUAAGUGACUGUAAGGCAUACUUGGUCAACAGCCAUACAGGUCACACUGAAGGUGGCCGUUUAAACAACUUUAGCACUGUUACAGAUAUGCGCCACACUGUGAACCCACACCAAACAAGAAUGACAAAAACAUUUCGGUACAACAUCCACACCGUAACACAACAUAAACACAACAGAAGAAAUAUUUAGAACCCCUUCCAGUCCUAAAUCUUCCGGGCUACAAUAUACAACAUGCGCUUGGAGCGGUGUCAGGUUUGCCCCUUCUCUGAUUCUUAUCUUCUUGGGAGACUUUGGGUCCUGAUAGAGCUGAAAAACAGACCGCUGUACAAGUUCACUCUGCCCCAAGACUUUGAAAAUAUGUUAUUAGAGCCCUCUAGUCAUGAAAUAACACCCUCUAGUUACCUUUACCAUGUGUUAUUGCAAAAUAGUAAUGCUGGCCGAGAAUGAGCCAAUCAGUGGCCACGAUGCUGAACAGAUCGCUCUGAUUGGUUCGGUCUAAUACUGUUGAUAUUUGUAGGGCUGCGUCAAUUAAUGGAUUAGAAGAAAAAAAAAGCUUCAAUUUAUAUUCUGUUGCUUCCAUACAUCGUUUGA